GGAGGGCUGCUCAGUGCGGACGGGCUGCUGGACGACGCUCAUCCAGCCGCUAAAGUUAGCCGGCUAACUUGCUGCUAGCCUAUUUACAGUCUAAAAAAUGUACGCUUUCUACGCGUUACAGCUCGAAAGGGACGUCUGCAAACCUCAAGGCAAUGUGCCAUGAAAUUACAGAGCCGCGUUGUUGAUGUUCCCUAGGCUUGAGUUAUGCUCUCACGAAAGAAAAGUAAAAACGAAGCGUCGAAACCAGCCGAGGUACACGGGAAAUAUGUGAAGAAGGAAACCUCUCCGCUCCUGAGAAAUCUUAUGCCCUCUUUCAUCCGCCAUGGACCCACUAUUCCCAGACGCACAGAGGUCUCACUGCCAGAGAUGGGCCCAUCUGCCUAUCCCGUGGCACCCAACAGGGAGCCAGUGGUGGCCCGCAACAAGAGUUUCCUCCGCACCCCGGUGCAGAGGCCUCCACACGAGGUGGCCCGAAGAGAGAGCCACCGGAUGUCGGCACCUCCAUACCUGCCCCGCAGCCUGGGAGACCUGCCCCAUGAGUAUGGAGGCUCCUCACAGUCCUUCCUCACAGACGUGAGCCCCAUGUCCGAGAACGGGGACGCUGCCAGAUAUUAUUACCCCCCCGAACCUUACUAUGACAACCAGCAGCACCAGCCGCAGCGCCAGCCCAGGAGGGUCCCAGACCGCUUUCCUGAGGACUAUAGAUACUAUGAACACAACGAACACAACUUCCAAAGACUGGCACCACAACACACACCCCCAGCUCCCAGCAGACCCCCUGCAGGCAUAGGUCGAAUACAGGCCAAGUCCCUGGGGAACCUCUCCAGUCUGACGGGAGAGGACCUCCCCCUUCCGGCCGGCUGGACCGUCGACUGGACCAUCCGUGGCAGGAAGUACUACAUCGACCACAACACUAACACUACACACUGGAGCCAUCCUCUGGAGAGGGAAGGGCUCCCUCCUGGCUGGGAGAAGGUGGAGUCGGCCGAGUUCGGGGUUUACUACGUGGACCACAUCAACAAGAGGGCACAGUAUCGUCACCCGUGCGCUCCAAGUGUGCCUCGCUAUGAUCAGCCCCCACCGUUGCCGCCUCCUGUAACCUAUCAGCCCCGGCCCGCAGAGAGGAACCAGCCUGUCCUGGUGCCAGCUAACCCGUACCACACGGCUGAGAUCCCAGACUGGCUGCAGGUGUAUGCCCGCGCCCCGCUCAAGUAUGACCACAUCUUGAAGUGGGAGCUGUUCCAGCUGGUGGACUUGGACACAUACCAGGGUAUGCUGAAGCUGCUGUUCAUGAAGGAGCUGGAACACAUUGUCAAAUCCUACGAGGCGUACCGGCAGGCGCUGCUGUCAGAGGUGGAUGCUCGCAAGCAGCGGCAGCAGUGGUACGCCCAGCAGCCCAACAAAAACUUCAUAGGGAACAUGUGAUUUGUAUGUGUCGCGGGGAAUUCUCGCUGCCUAUAUGGAGCCCGGCCACUCCUCUCUGAGGUUUCUACAGUUUGGGAGCGGUCAGGGUUUCUUUUGAAAUCAUGAUUGACUCUUAAUUGCCUCUUUACCAAACACAUCUGUGCCUUCGCUUGAUCCAAAUAUAUCAGCCAGGAAGUUGAGACGCACAUUGGCUGCGGCUUCGCCAGGGGCCUCUCCCCCCAUGUGACAGUCAAGUUAUGAAUGACCAUGUGACUGGAAAGACAAAAAACACUCAAGUGAAGAAAAAAAAAUUAAAUUUAAUGUGCUGUAUCUCAGAAGAGACAAGAAUGAGUGCCAUUUACAGCCACUGUCCUCAAAACUAAAUUGCUGUAUGGAUUUUUUUUUUUUUUUUUUUUUUUUUUUUUUAAAGACUGAGGGGCAAGUCUGAAAUAUCUGCUCUUGUUCUUUGUUUGACUCUUGAAGAACAUCCCGAGAUUGUGCCUUUUUCAUCAAAAGAGCAGAAUUUUUACAGUGUCUGCUCAUAUCUUGUAUUAAACAGCUACUAUGUCAUUUUUUCCUACAGGAGAAAAGGCAGGCGUCUUCUAAUUUGUUUCCAUAUGAAUUACUUCAUGAAUAUUUUUUCCUUUGCUUUAUUCCUAUUUGUAGCCCCCAUAAAAUGAAACAAUACUCCUUUACAUUCAACAGAAGUGUGUAUUGUAUUCUUUUUUUAUGACAUAUCCUUUAUAAGACAAUCCACCAAAACUUUAACAGAUAUUUAAGUUUUGAUAUGAAAAAUGUCUUUAUUUAAAGACCUUGUUGGAUGAAGCAUCACAUUUGAUGCAGUGGUUUGAGCAUCUCUUGGCUCUCGGCAUUACUGUAAGUCAGGAAUAUUCUUGUGUGUAUAAUGAAACAUAAAUAAGCUACUGGAACUUUUUAAGUUACACUUUCACACUACAGAAGAUGAGUUCAGUUUGCCACAUAAGUGCAGUUUCAUUUUCUGUUUUGUGUUGUUUUUUUUCCGUCUGGAUAUUUCUUGCCUUGGUAUGUAAUGCCUUAUUUUUAUGGACUGACACGGUCUCCUCCGUGCUUAAAGGGAAGGUUCAGGUUUUUGGAAGAAAAUGCCAUUGUUCACUAAUCAAACCUCUUCUCUAGGUAUUCAGGAAGUUUGAAUGCCAGAUUUUUUUUUUUUUUUUUUUUAGCACAAAGAGAUUGGCACCAGUCCCUUACUAACAUUUGUUGGAAAUGACAGUUAUUCCAUAUACUUUCAUAACUAAUAUGUAAUAGCAAGAAUAACAAAUUCAGAUGUUUCACAGGACUUGUAUGUGAGUGAUUGGAAAUCUAAACAUUUUUUUUUUUUAAUAUCCUGAAAGGUUGCCUGAUAAGUGAACAGUAGCUCUCUGAAAGCCCUCAACCUUCUUUUUAAUGUCUGUUGCUAUGCAAGAAGGUCUCAAUCACAUUUUUUCUUCAGAAUGGUGUCACUACUUUGUACAUAUCUAAUUUUGUGGAUUGCAAAUACAGGACAUAAGCAAUAAAGUCUGCUGUGAAGAAAAAUCUGAGGUUAAUGUUGCAGUUUGCUGCUCAUUCCAGACACUGUCACAUGGAGCUUCAAAUUAGAAUAAGUGGCUUUACUAAAAACAAACCUGUAGAAAACAAAUGCAUAAAAAUAAAUACUGCCACCAAAU